CCAUCUCUUCAUAAACUCCAAACUCUCAUACAUUUAGCCUCAAAUUCUUCACAAGCAUCAACUACACUACUCAAGACAUUGUCUUGCACAAAACAGAGUUAAUGGCUCGCAUUGUUGGGUUUCUGAUACUAGCAAUUUCUACACAAGCUAUGGCUAAGUUCGACGUGGACCCUCAUCAGUGUCAGGUCAUUUUCGAUAACUUCCCUUACUGUAUGGAUUUUCUUAUAGGUUCAAACGAUUGGCCUUCAAGCCAAUGUUGUCAGCGGGUAUAUGACUUCAAUGCAUUAGCUGAGCACGGAAUGGGGCCAAGAGCUAUCUGUGAGUGCAUUGAAAUAAUAAUAAGGACGAUCCCUAUGAAGUUAAGGGCUGACCGUAUCAGUGAUCUUCCUGUCAGGUGCAACACACAUCUCAGUUUUCCCAUUUCUGAGUAUAUGGACUGCAGCAGCAUAAAUUAAAAGAGUGAGCUAUGCAGAAGACCUCUUGAUAGAGGUUUGAGACCCAAGUACCAAUCCAGUAAAAUGUUGUUUCGGUGGCUAAUGUACUUGUCUGAAGCUCCAUAAUGUUGUUGCCCAUGUAGAACAGGACUUAAUAAUACAUCAUAUGUUGCUAUUAGAUUAAUGUUGUUCCAUUUCCUUGGUUGUUUUACAGCUACAAAUAAAAGAAUGCAAAACAUGAUGGUAUGUUUUGAGGCUU